CCCUCUCCCCUUCCAUUCACAUCAAGAUUCAUUUUCGAUUCUCUUUAUAUACAGAAGAUCGGUUUAGCAUACAUUAAGUAAAGAUUGCAACAGUUUCCUCCCACACAGAAACAUGAAGUGAAAAAUACUGUUUGAGUACUAGUUAUAGCAUUAAAUCUCAAUGUACAGCACACUAAGGACAGAGAUCCUACAUGAGGAGUAAGUGCACAGUGACUCCUGUUGUUGACUUAACAAAUUGACACUCUUGUUUAUGGCAUCAGUAAUCACCCUAGGCUCUUGUCAUGAGCUGCCAAGGCUAUGGAAGCCCCCUGAGUUCACCGACUCUGAUCAUAUUUAGACAAGGCCAUGGUCAAAGUGGAAGUUCUCUCCUCCCUUCAGAGAAAGGUACCUCCUUCUUUGAUGACCCGUUCUUUCCACUGGGAUCUCACUCGUGGAGAUCUUUCAUUUAGGUUUUUUUUUUUUUUCACAGUGUCUUGGCUUUCCAUGCCUGAAAUACUCUCAUGGGCUUUUCAGCCAGAUCCGCAUGCCUUAAGGGCUGAUUCUGAGGCCAGAGUGCUGUUUAGGACAUCUGCCAUUCUAUGGGUCUGCUGUGUAUCUCACUUCCCAUGUUGGAUCGUUCUCUCCCUUUUUUAUUCUAUCAGUUAGUAUUUCCAGACACUAAUCUUGUUUAUGUGAUCCUUCUGACUCUUAGUCCUAUCAUUAUGAUCAGUUGUGAACAGAAAUUGAUCACUUGGAUGGAUCACUUUGAUGGCAUUGGUAUAUGCCACCUUGAUGGGAUUGAAUUGGAAUCCCCAAGUAUGUUUCUAACUCUACCGUUUGAGGUAAGUCAGCUUGAGCAUGUCCCAAAUUGCACAUCUCUACCCUCUCUUACUCCUUGUUUAUUUGUUUUAAAGAGCUACAGUCAGAGAGAGGGAGACAGAGAGAGAUCUUCCUUCCAGUGGUUCAUACCCCAAAUGGCUGUAAUGCCCAGGGCUAGGCUAGGCCAAAGCCAGGAGCUUCAUCCGGGUUUCCUAAGUGGAUAGCACUUGGGCCAUCUUCCCUUGCUUUCUCCCAGGUGCAUUAACAAGGCUUAGGAUCCUGAGGUGAGCAGAUGGCGCCCAUCUGGGAUGCCAGCAUUGCAAGCAACAGCUUUAUGCACUGUGGCACCCAUCUAGGUUGCCAACAUUGCAAGCAACAGCUUUAUGGACUGUGGCACCCAUUUGGAUGCCAGCAUUGCAGGCAACAGCUUUAUGGACUCUGGCACCUAUUUGGGAUUCCAGCAUUGCAGGCCACUGCUUUAUGCACUUGGCUCCCAUCUGGGAAGGGAGCAUUGCAGGCAACAGCUUUAUGCUGUGGGCUGCACGUUUGGGAUGCCAGCAUUGCAGGCAACGCAUUUAUGCAUUAUACCACAAAGCUGGCCCCUCGUAUGGUUUCUUCUAAAAAUUCAUUAUCAUACCUUUGACAUUGAGAUCUGGAACUCAUUUUAGUCAACUGCAUAUUAAUUAUGUGGUUCUGGUUCAGUCUCUUGCAUAUGGUUGGUUAUACAACACCAUUUGGUGAAGACUUCCCUUUCUUUUUCUCCCAGCACCCUUCUUGUCCCAAACUCCCAUGAUUUUAUUUGUGUGUGGGUGUGUGUAUUCAUACACUCUCUGUUUGGCCACUGAAACUUACAGCUACGCCAUAUCAAGUCAAAUUGUCUUAAGAAAAGAUUUAUUUAUUCAUUUCAAGGUCAGAGUUACAGAGAGAGGAGAGACAGAGAGAACAUGCAUCUGCUGGUUCACUCUCCAGAUGGCUGCAACAAGCAGGCUGGGCCAGGCCAGAGCCUUAACCAGGAGCUUCCUCUGCGUCUCCAACAUGGGUGCCGUUUUCUGUUUUCCGCUGCUUUUCCAAAGCCAUUAGCAGGGAGCUCAAUAGGAAGUGGAGCAGCUGGGACAUGAUUCUGCACACACACAGCACGGGAUGCCAGCAUCCCAGGUGGCAGCUUUAUUUGCUCUGCCGCGCCAACACGCCAAGACAGCUUUUUGAUUACUGCAACCUCAUGGCCAGCCCACAACAUGAUGUCUACUAGCACACUUUUCUGUUUCUAAUUUGUAAGUCCAUAUGAAUUGUGGAAUUGGUUGCUAUCUCUAUACAAACUCCCUUAAGAGACUUUGAUUGGCAUCACCUUGAUUCUUUCUUUUCUUUUUUCUUUUUGGACAGGCAGAGUUAGACAGUGAGAGAGAGAGAGACAAGAGAAAGGUCUUCCUUUUCCAUUGGUUCACCCCCAAAUGGCCACUAUGGCCGGCACUGCGCCAAUCCGAAGCCAGGAGCCAGGUGCUUCCUCCUGGUCUCCCAUGCGGGUGCAGGGCCCCAAGCACCUGGGCCAUCCUCCACCACCUUCCCGGGCCACAGAAGAGAGCUGCACUGGAAGAGGAGCAACCGGGACAGAAUCCGGCACCCCAAGUGGGACUAGAACCAGGGGUGCCGGGGCUGCAGGUGGAGGAGUAGCAAAGUAAGCGCACCUUGAUUCUACAGAUCAGCUUGGAGGUCACUGACUAUGUCCCCCCUGUUGAUUGUUCCAGGGAAGGAGCACAUUGUUUCUCUCCAGUAGAGGAUCUUCUUUCUUUUUUCUUUUAAGGAUUUAUUUUAUUUAUUUGAAAGACACAGUUACAGAGAGAGAGAGGUCUUCCAUCCGCUGGUUCAUUCCCCAAAUGGCGGCAACCACUGGAGCUGAGUUGAUCCGAAGCCAGGAGCCUUCCCCGGGUUGCCCAUGCGGGUGCACAGGCCCAAGGACUGUACUGCUUUCCCAGACCAUAACAGAGAGCUUGAUUGGAAGUGGAGCACCCAGGGCUCGAGCCGGCGCCCAUAUGGGAUGCCAGUGCUGCAGGCUAGGGCUUUAACUCUCUGGGCCACAGCACCAGCCCCUGGGGGGUCUUCUUUCAUUAGCCUUUUAUACUUGGUAGCAUACAGGUCCAGUAUGUUCAUUUUAUCUGUAACUGUUUCAUUGUGUGGGAGGGCUGUGAUAUAUAGGGCUUUUUUAGCUUUACAUUUCCAGGUCCUCGUCUGGUUUUCCAUGUGCUGACUUGUCUCCUGUAUCCGUCCUAAACGGGUCUCUUUGUUCCAGGGGAUUUGAGGGUGAUGGCUGGGGGCUCGUUGGCAGCAAUCGUGAGAUCUAUGAGCAGGGGCACUUUGCUUUCUUACCGUCUCACUCGUAUGCAUGAUGGCACCAUCGAGGACCUCCCGCUUGCAGUGGAAUAGCCACGGUGAGAGUGGACAUCCUUGCCCGUCCUCAGCCUUAGGGAGAAAGCACUCACUCUUUGCCCACUUCCGGGAUGUUAUCUGUCUGUUUUUCUGUACACACGCUUAAAGAGGUUCUGAAGUUGUCUUCUAACCCCACAGUGGUAGAGCUUUUGUUCAUCGUGCAUUUUGAGUCUUAUCAAGUGGAUUUUCUGUGGAUCUUGAACCGUCCUGUCCUCUUCUUCAUCUCUCAGUCUGUGCAUUCUGUUGAUUGAUCUUCCGUUGUUGAAAGAGCAGCCCUUGCAUUCCAGGAGUGACACCCACUUCUUUCUGGGCCUUUUCCUAUACUGAUGGAACAAACUACUAGUCUCUUUUUGAAGAAUCCUGUGCUAAGGUCGGUGGAAAUACUAAGUUCCACUUUUCUUGGUAUCAGGGUAAUGGUACCCAUACGGAAUCAUUAGGGAGUGCUCCCUCUGCUUUGUCUUGGUGCAGAAAUCAUGUAUGGAAUUGGUGUUCUUUCUUCAUAUGCUGUCUGGCAGAAAUUCCAGGAGGGGGGUCUAGGCUCUCAGAUCUUUUAGCAAAGGCUUUUAACUCACUCCCAAGUCACUUUUUGUAAAACUCAUGGGCCUGGGUCUGGCACUGUGGCAUAGUGGGUAAAGCCGCUGCCUUCAAUGCCGGCUUCUGAUAUGGGCGCCAGUUCGAGUCCUGGCUACUCCAUUUCCUAUCCAGCUCCCUGCCAUAGCCUAGGAAAGCAAUGGAAGGUGGCCCAAGUCCAUGGGCCUCUGCACCCUCAUGGGAGACCCAGAAGAAGCUCCUGGCUCCUGCCUUCAGAUAGGCCCAGCUCCUGUAGUUGCAGCCACUUGAAGAGUGAACCAGCAGGUGGAAGACCUCUCUCUCUCUCUACCUCUCUCUGCCUCUCGCCCUCCAUAUCUCCCUGUCCUCUCUGUAAAUCUUCCUCUCAAAUAAAUAAAAAAAUACUAAAAAAAUAUCAGUAUUUAGAAAAAAAGACAUGGGCCUGUGAACACUGUCUCGUCUUGGGUCAGUUUGGGUAGCUGACACGUCUCAAGUCAUUGGGAACCUGGUCCUUCUCUGUUGUUUUCCCUGCUAGUCGUGAACAGCUGUAUCAGUUAUGUUGAUCAUUUAAAGAACCAGCUUUUAGCUUGAUUGGGAUUCUCUAUUUUUUCUCAUUGUAAUCUCUUCAUUUUUACUCCUGUUUCCAUUAAAGAAAAUGCUCACUUAUACACUAUGGCAGUUUGGAGGUCAUUCGCCCAGGCACACCAACCUUUUUGACGAGAUGCAAAGCCAAGAGCGCUGAGGGUGGAAAUGUUCAAGGCUGCUUGUGUCCUGGACACAAAUGCUGAGUGCGUAGUGAAAGUCGGCUUUCUGUAAGUGUGUGAGUGUGGACGACAAGAACACAUUCCUCACCCAGUAAUCUUAAGAUUACGCUGCAGAAUGGGUGGGGAAAAUCAGCAAGGAAUUAACGUCAAUGACUGCGUCAUUUUGUGCGGCUGGACACGUGGAUACGCCCUGCCUCUUCUGGCCACACAUCUGCCCUGCUACCUUCCAGCUGUUUGAGAACCUACAGCCUGACCUCCCUGUCUACACUCGCGGGCUGGGUGGAGCUCCAGCUUGGACUCAACCUCCAUGGAUCCACUCCAGAAUUGGAGUCCAGGGUUUGCUGCUGACGCCUCCCCGAUGGCCAUGGCAGAGACUUCCGCGGACAGCAGAGCCGCCUCUCAGCCGCCCUCCGCAGAGCAGCUCGUGUGGGGCCUGGGGAACAUGAACCCCGGUGCCGGCCCUGAUCUGCCUGUGCCGCCGCCGGCGGGGCUGCCGCAGCAGCAGUACAGGGAAGCGAAAACCCAGCAGAGGUGGUACGAAAGGCUGCCGCCCCCACAGGGCAAGAAGGAGCUCCUGGGGCACAUAAGACGGAGGCACCGCGACCACAGGGCACCUUAUCCGGCCUCACAGGAAGCCAAACUCUCUCCCUCGGGUGACAGACCUCAGAAUCGGUUCCACUGUGAAUGUCGCUACUGCCAGAGCAAUGGGCCGAAUACGUCCGGGUUAUCUGGGGAGAGGGGUGGGGCCUCGUGGGAGACCCUAGUGCAGGGCCUCAGUGGCUUGAGCCUCAGCCUGGGGACCAGCCAGCCUGGCUUUCUGCCUGAGGGGUCCCUGCAGCAGCAGCAGCAGCAGCAGCGGCAGCAGGAGGAGGAGGAGCGAGAGGAGAAGUGCCAGGCCGAGAGGCAGCAGGAAAGCAAGAGGAUGUUCCAGAGGCUGCUGAAACAGUGGCUAGAUGAGAAAUGAGCCGCUCAUCCUCACGGGACGGGAACCUGAAAGGGUCCAGACAUAGAAGCUGUCCUGCCAGUCCUGGGUAUGGGUCCUCCUUGGGGACCAAGCAAGGGGCCACAGUGGGAGGGGACCAAGACCUGUGUUGUGUGUGGAAACCCUGAGAGAUCCAGUCCCGGGAAGGGCCUACUCUGCCCUGCCUGUCACGUGUGGAGCAGGUGGAGGCAUUCCGUGCAAGAGGCACUGCAUGCCAGUGGUCUGACCUCAUCCGCUGCGGCCCCCGUGAUGUGUGUGUCCCUUUUCCACUCCGGAUCUCCGUCUUCCCUCCCGCCUUGUCAGAUAGAAGCUGUGCGUGUAGAGUGAACCCCUCGUUGAUGUCCUUGUGCCCUGUGCCGUGUUAUCCACUUCCCCGAGAAGCAGCACUAGGUGUGUUGACGUGCACCAUGCUGCACUGGGAUCCGGGAUCAGGAAUCUGACACUAAACAAGGAGUGGGGAAGGGGCGUGAAAUUGGAACUUGGUGGUUCCCUGUUGUAUUUCUGCGUGUGCACUUUUAUGAUGACGACAUGCUAAAUGUAUCCAAACCAUUUCCUGCUCCUUAACCAUCCAAUAGCAUUCUCCCUCACUGCAGUUCCUUUCUGGGUAUCUCACUGUCAAUACUGAAUAAAUAGAACGCAGGCUUCUUUGUCAA